CAGAUAAAAACGAGAAAACUAUGAGCGCGCAUAUACGUAUAUACACAACGCAGUUUACGUGUAAACACGUAUGAUAAUUUUUUUUUAACAUAUAUCUUAACACCACGUGGCUACGUGUGUUGUAGUGCGAGCAUAAAUUAUUCUUAUGUUGUUCAGAAAACUGCGCAGCGCAGUCUUGUGGUAAAUAUUACGUCAAAAUUGCUGCUAUUAAUAACAGUGUGUGUGUGUGUGUGGAGGGACGGGUGCGCAUGUUGUUUACAAAAUUCCAUGUUGACGGUAGAUAAUACCGGUCAAUAGAAUUUCACAUAACAGCGCGAUCUAAAAUUAAGAAACUGUUUCAUUUCUCUCCGCUCGAGAUAGUUUUCUCUUAUUUCAUGAGCUUCUUUACUUCGUCGUAAGUUUUCUGAUAUCUUAUAAAAUCGUUGCUAUUUUUCUUUUCCCUUUGUCUCUUUCUCUCUAUUUCUAUCGCUUCAUAUUUCAACGAGAUUACACGCUCAGAAGCGACAAAAAUUUCUUAACUAUUUUUAACUCGGUAUUGCAUUGAAUUUUAAAAGAGAGAGAGAGUUUUUUCUCGUUUCAAAGUUUCAACAUUCAGACCAAUUCAAACAUUGUAUUUGGUCAAACAUUUAUCAACGACUGCAUAUCACGCGCUGAUAAUUUGUAUUUUUUUGUUUUACAACCUACGUCGUAGAACAAAAAGUUCCGUGAAUUCUUUGUUAUCUCCGAUUAUUGAUGAUAUCAGAUUCAAUGAAGAUACGCGAAUGUGUUCGAUUGGAACAAACAAGCGUUUAACUGAUGAAUCAGAAUUAAGGUCACAAACAUGAUAGCGACGUGUCUGACGUAUAUGUGUUUACGAGAUCGAGCAUGUAAUUGCAACAUCUUGCCACCAACUGUGAACAAACAACAUAAAUGAGAAAACAUCAAUAAGAGAUGUGCGUAUGUGUGUGUGUAAAUAAAAUUGUAGACGUCGAGAGGCGUAAUUUGUAAAAUAAGAAACGAAAUAUUCUAGACAUGUUGACUCUCUCUCUACAGUCGCAGGCACCCUGGUUAGAUGCCGCAUUCUCUCCUAUUCAGAUUUAUUUGAAGCUCUGUCACGGGAUUGCUGCGCAAGAAAAUAGGUUUGAUUUUGCCGAGCGAUGCAAGAGCAAGAAGACUGUUCGUCACAUCUGGUGUGGCUUGAAAAAAUUACAAGAGAUUGAGGCUGAACCCGGCAAACCACGCUGUACGAACACAACGAUCAUCAAUUGCUGUUUUACCCUGAGGAACUCGUCAGAUAUUAUUCGCCCGGUUAUCAGGAGAGCAUUCUGGAAGCCGUGGAGCAGUAUCAGCCUAAGUGAUCACAUCGCGCCGAUCGAACGAUCACGUGGAUUCGAAUCUGUCAUCGUCUCGUUACAACGAUUGUUGAUAUAAAAUACACACGUGUCUCAAUGUAACAUAUAUAUAUAAAUGCGUGUACACGUCGUUUUAUACGUCACGUUCCGUGGUGUCCGCACA